GAAAAAUGAUGGUGGAAGAAUUGCGCCAAACUUGAACGACGACUUGUCAGCUUUGUUUUGUCGAUCAGCUGCGUUUUAGGAAGCUUGAGAGUACCAAGGUGAACAACACAUCAUGACUUCUGAACGGUUUCAGGAGUACAAGAUUGGUGGGGUAUCCAUCUUGUUUCCAUGCAAACCAUACCCCUCACAGUUCAGCAUGAUGGACAAGAUUAUUAAGGGAAUUGAACGCCAACAAAACUGUCUGCUGGAAAGCCCCACGGGAAGUGGUAAAAGUCUUGCACUACUGUGUUCUACACUAGCGUGGCAAAAAGCAGAAAAAGUUAAAUUCCUCAAAGAAGAGGAACAAGAGCAAAUGGUUGAAAAGUGUCGCUGUUCCUGUCAUUCGAGCAUCACUACACCGCCUAGCAACUACAAACCAAACAUCACAGAAUCAGUUUGCAACAGCACAACUAAAGUUAAUGUUUCACCAUACUUUCACAACGACCAACAAACAGAUGCGCCUGCUGGAAGAAUUGUCAUUGAUGACGAUGAUGAUGAUUUUAAGCAGGAUGGGAAAAAACUAAAAACUCUGACUUCAAAGAUUACUGGAAAUAGUCCCCGAAAACACAUCAGUAUUUCCUAUGAUGAUGGACAUCUGGACACUGAUCGAACUCCACUAAAACCAGUAAACCUCAUGGAUGACAACAUGAGUUGUAACACAAGUAAAAUUACCAGCUCAGAGGAUUGUCAAAAUUGUUCUUGUAAAAUAUUCAACAAAGCUGAAAAAUCAACAAAGAGAAAAAUUCCCAAGAUUUAUUUUGGCACCAGGACUCACAAACAAGUUGCACAAAUUGUUCGUGAAUUAAGAAAAACUGCUUACAGUGACACCAGCAUGACAAUUCUUGCCAGUCGUGAACACACCUGUAUCCACCCGGUAAUAUCACGGUCAUCUAACAAGAACGAGGGCUGUAAGGAUUUGCUAAAUGGUCCUGGUUGCAGUCUGUGUGAGAAAGCAAAACGUGUUUCCUCUCAUGUUGCAUUGAAUGCUUUUGGUCUUACGGGUGCAUGGGAUCUGGAAGAUAUUGUUGAUGUCUUGAAGAAGAAAAAAGCAUGUCCUUACUUUGUGACGAAGGGACUUAAAGACUGUUCAGAUUUGAUUAUCUGUCCAUACAAUUAUCUGGUUGAUCCCGUCAUCAGAAACAGUAUGGAGAUUAAUUUGAAGCACAACAUCAUCAUUCUGGACGAGGGUCACAAUAUUGAAGACUCCGCUAGAGAGGCCGGGAGCCAGACCAUCAUGGACGAUAAGUUGAGCAAAGUUAUCACCGAACUUGAUGCCUUGAUUGAAGCCAACAUCAAACUUGCUGACCACCUGACAAUAAAGAAAAUGUGUUCUGGUCUGGAAAUGUUCAUUCAUCGAGAAUCUGAAGAUCUUGAGCAGAAGGAUUUCAAUACAUCUUGUAAAAUCUGGGCAGGGUUUGACAUCGUGGCACAGAUGAAUAACAUGAAGAUGGGACCAAACCACUUUCAAGACUUGCAGAAAGCUUACAAGUUUAUCUGUGAAGAGGAGGAGGACGAGCGUAAGAAUGAGAAGGGGCAGAUCAUCAAGUUAGGGUCGGCGAGUCGGCAGGUGCUAGAACAGAUCUUUAUGGUCAUGGAAUACAUGUAUCGACACGAUCUCAAGUUUGUCGAGGACUACAGAGUUUCUGUUCUAAAGACUACAAGUUACUCAAGGAAACCGAAUCAGCAAACGAAUGCUGUUUGGCUGAUGUCUAAGAGAAAUCGAAGAGAUACACAGCCAAACAUAGAAGUAAAUUUUUCGCUGAAUUUCUGGUGCAUGAAUCCAGCAGUGGCAUUUUCCGAUUUUGCCGAUUGUCGAUGUCUGGUGCUGACUAGUGGAACCCUGUCUCCAACAUCAUCAUUCCAGUCAGAACUUGGUCUGCCUUUUCCAAUCCAGCUCGAGGCAAAUCACGUAAUAAAAGACAAUCAAAUAUGGGUUGGUGCGAUUGGCCAGGGACCAACAGGCUCACAAUUGCAGGCAGUGUAUCGCAAUGUGGACACUUUCGCUUUCCAAGACGAACUGGGACAGCUAAUUCUUCGGGUUUGUGAGACUGUACCCCAUGGUGUUCUGUGUUUUCUGUCGUCAUACAAGAUGCUUCAAAAAGUUCAAGAAAGAUGGAAGAUAACAGGUUUAUGGGGGAAGAUUCUGCAACGGAAAAAGAUUAUUUCCGAACCAAGAGCGUCAGACAAACAGGAUUUUGAAGAUCUGAUGAAGUAUUUCUACAAAGUUAUAGAAACUGGGGAAGAUUCAGAGGACUCUGAUGAGGAAGGAAGUACGGAUGGUGCUUUGUUUCUGGCUGUGUGUCGAGGGAAAGUCAGUGAAGGAUUGGAUUUUGCUGACAACUUUGCCCGCGCUGUUAUUACAGUUGGCAUACCCUAUCCAAAUUUCAAAGAUAUACAGGUGGAACUGAAACGAAAAUAUAAUGAUCAAAACAGAUCUCGCGGUCUUCUCUCGGGCAGUGACUGGUAUGAAAUCCAAGCAUUUCGAGCCUUGAACCAGGCUCUUGGGAGGUGUAUUCGUCACAGGAGAGACUGGGGAGCCCUUAUUCUUGUCGAUGACAGAUUUGUGAAAAACUCACAGAAAUAUUGCAAAGGUCUUUCCAAGUGGGUGAGAAAUAAGACACAAACAUUUCACAGCUUUAAUCAAGCAAUGGAGUCCUUGGCCUUCUUCACCAAGACUAGAAUCGAAGCUUCAGAGAAGGAAGGGCCUGACACUACAUUUCUUCCAAGUACUCCUAGCACACCGACUUCCCAACCAAUCAUUUGUCAGGAGCCAGUGACCUCUCCAAGAACACCAUUCCACGACAAGCGAAACACCUCCACAUUUUCACCUCCAUACAGUGUGAACAUCGACAAGUCGGCAACCAAGAAUGAGCAGCCAGCGUCUGGAUUCUUUACACCAACAAGAGGUGUACUGCCAGGAACUUCUCUCAUUGUUUCUCCUCCAUCGGCUGUGACUCCAGAUCAGAAAAUAUCUUCCAGACAAAAUGUCGCCUCCCAGGUUCAGGGACAAAAUGUGAAAACUACUGGUCAGACAUUUCUGAUCCCUCAAGCUGGUUUUGUGCCCGGUCAGAAGACCAUUUUCCUUCAAGGAAGUCCCUUGCCUGUAUCUGUGCAGAAUGGAGUGGCUGGUGUUGGUAAAAGGACACUGAAACAGAUUUCUUUGCUGCCACCACAUAUACAGCCAUCUUCAACCAGCAGUCAGGUGAUCUCUUCACCUUCCCUAAUACAGCAAGCUGAUGGGAAGAAUAAAAAUCAUGUCUUCUUUUUACAACUACCAAUGAAAGGUUUUCAAGCUGUUCAGUCACCAAAUCAGAAUGUACAGUCUGCACAAGUGAAAUACCAACAAGUCGUUCAAUCACCAAGUCAUAUACAUUCUUCCGAAACUCCAAAUAGUAAAACCAGUUUAAGUGUAGACAAGAAUCAGGUUAAAUCUGAACACAAAGAUUUGCCUGUCUCUGUAAAGUCAUUAAAACCAAAAAAAAAGUCUGGAAAUUUAAAGAGUAAAGUUUCCACUGGAAGCAAAGAUGCUCAAGGAAUUAAUAAAUUCUUUAAGUUUUGUAAGGUGGAAAGUUUGGAUACCCCAACACAUGAUAAUGUAGCAACAAAGAAAUCUGUUACUGAUUUGCAUAAUCAGACCAGUGACGACUCUGGGUGUUUUGCUGGUGUUGGGAAUGAAAUUGUUGAGAUGGAAUCUGAAUUGAAACCAUUGGCUCUUAGUAAAGAUGACACAACUGAAAAACAUUUCGAAAGUCCAUUGCUCUUUGAAGGAUCUUCUCAGUCAGAACCAAGCAUGAACAUUCCAAACAAGAAUAACUCGUUGAGCAUUGACCAAGUACGUGAUAAUAAAGGAGAAAAUGGUGCGUCUUGUAAGAAACCAUUGUUUAGAAGAAAGAGCUCUGUUUUGGAGUCUCAGCUACAGUCUUCUGAUGCCGAUCUUGACGUGAAAUCGUGGAGUGAAGAUGUUAAAAUAGAAGUAGAUGAUUUGAUUAAACCAGAAACAGAGAGAAGUGUCGAACAUAAAAAGAUCAACUUGUGUGGUGAAAACAUUAAAGUGGAAGUGGGUACAGUGAUUAAAUCAGAAGAGAAGAGUGACAACAAUACAAAGCUGAUCUCCAGUGAUCAGGAGGAUUUCCAGGAACCGGUGAUAAAACGGCGGAGUGCCCGUCAGAUAAAGCGCAAGUCCGACGGUAUGUUGAGACAGAAAAACAAAAAACAUAAAGGAGUUGACUUCUUGGAUGCUUCGGAGUUGCACGAUGAAAAGGAACACAGGACAACCCUGGUUCAGUGUUGUGCGUGUGGAAGUAUUUUGGUUCAAGAUGUUAAAGACUGUGAGAAACGAAAAAGGAUACCCAGUUUCUUGCAAGGAGUGUUGGAGAAAAAGAAUGCAUUUGUGCUACAUUUCACCAGUACAGAUUUACCCAGAAACUUGCAAGUCCAAACUUCAAACCUACAAUCUGAUGUAUAUUUAAACUGUGUGUGGAAUGAAGACCACAAAGCCUGUAUCCAGUAUCUGUCAUGUUUAGCUUGUGAUUCUGGUUCACAUCAAGUAGAGACUGUAGGCUGCAGAGUAGAGACUGUUGGCUGCAGAGUGGUGUUCAGUGUGGACACAUCGGAGUUUAAAAGUGGAGAGACAUGGCUUUUAUCUCCUAUGGUAAAGUGGACGUAACAUCAUCUGUGAUUUUCCAAUUAAAUGGACUGCAAGGCUGUGAUUAAAUUCCCUGUCUGUGACUCCCAUUAUUGAACAUCACUGCUUAUGUCUGAUAUGCAUUUUCACACUGUUACUGUUAUGGGCCUAUUUAAAGGAAGGGACAAUUAAGGCAUUUGGCCUGGUAUGCAUAUUCAACGAUAUAUAAUGCACAUUAUUGCUUAAUAUCAACAAGUAUAAUCGUAUAGUUA